AUGCUUACUUACAUGGAGGUGCACCUUUACUACACCUUGCCAGUCCUUGGUCUUUUAUUCAUGAUCCUUCGUCCCUUUCACUCAUCACAAGAUACCUUAAAGUAUGUUUUCCUAUCAACCAUUGCGUUUUUGACGGCGUCGCCUUGGGAUAAUUACAUCGUAUAUCAUCGCGCAUGGUGGUAUUGCCCUUCAUGCGUUACUGCAGUCAUUGGUCAUGUCCCUCUGGAAGAGUACAUGUUUUUCAUCAUCAUGUCGCUAAUGACGGUGGCAUUCACAAACCUGGUGAUGCGCUGGCGUCUCCCCAGUGUCUUUGUUAAACCCGAUGCGCCUAUUGUGCGAUCCAUGAUCAUCCGUUACGUGCCCAUUGCAUCUCUCCUUUCUAUUGCAAUCCGUGCCUGGAGCAUGGCUAUCCCUGAUACUCGUUUCUUUUAUGGUGCUUGCAUCCUUUGGUAUGUUUGCCCUGUUUUGGCACUUCUUUGGUUUGGCGCUGGAGAAUACAUUUGCCGUCGCUGGCAAGCUGUGCUUGUAUCCAUUGUUGUGCCUACCCUUUAUCUCUGCUGGGUUGAUCAAGUUGCCAUUGCUGCUGGAACCUGGCACAUUUCAUUGCGUACAAGCACUGGUAUCCAUGUUGCACCAAAUUUACCUUUGGAGGAAUUUGCCUUUUGGUUAUUGAUCAAUGUCAUCUUGGUGUUUGCGACAUGCGCUAUUGAUCGUGCACAUGCCAUCAUGCAUUUGUGUGGUGGUCAUCAAGGUGGAUCGCAAUCGAUUAUUUCCAAAAUGGUGAAUUUGACAUGGGCAUUUUGCCUAUCGGAUCAACAGCUUAGUCGAAAACCAUUCCAAGAUUCGGAGGUGACAUGGUCCAUCUUGCGUAAAGCAUCCUAUUCCUUUUACACCGCAUCAGCCGUAUUCCCUGUAAACGUGCGUCAAGACCUUGGUGUCUUGUAUGGAUUUUGCCGUGCCACUGAUGACCUUGCUGAUGAUGAAGCUGUGCCUGUUUCAAAGCGUCGUGAGCAAUUGGGUGUCGUACGUGACCUUGUACGAGAAUUAUUCAGCGCAAAAAGGAAGGCCAACGUCGACUGGAUGUCCUAUCGUAAUCAGCUGCCGGACAGCUGUAUAGCAUCAAUGCGUGCAUUUGCCCGUUUAAGACCUGUUCUCGAAGUGGAUGCUGUCAACGAGCUGCUUGAUGGAUACGAAUUCGAUCUCACUGGCCAACAAAUCAAGCAUGAAAAGGAUCUCGAAUACUAUUCAGCGUGUGUUGCAAGCAGUGUUGGUGAGCUAUGUACACGAGUUAUCAUGCAAGGCUAUUCAAACCAUUGGGUUAUCAAGCGUGCACGCGACAUGGGUCUGGUUCUCCAAUACACCAACAUUGCUCGUGACAUCGUUACCGAUAGCCAACAACUUGGUCGUUGCUACUUGCCUCGCACAUGGAUCACCGACAAUGAAUAUGAAUUGAUUGUUUCUGGUUGUGCUCGCAAGUUGGGUGAUGCUCGUUUACGACAAUUGGCUUUGCGUUUGGUUGACAUGGCUAAGGAACUUGGUGACCAUGCUGAACGUGGCAUUGAUCGCUUACCUCAAGAUUGCCAAGGUGGUGUACGUGCUGCAUGUGCCGUCUAUAGCGCUAUUGGUGAUGAGCUAAUCAAGGCGAAUGGGUAUCCCACAAGAGCUCAUGUCUCUACCCUCAAGCGUGCUUGGAUUGUAUUGAAGAGUGUAUAUGACAUUAAGACUCCCUCCUCCUUGUAUUCCUCAUCCGAUUCAUCUUUUCUUGUCAACAAGUUGAGAAAAGGCAAAGUGCGUGCAUUCAUGAUUGAUUAG